UGGUGGUGGUGGACACAGAGCGCCAGUGGGCAGAGUGCGCACCAGCAACUUCCAUUGUCGAAGGAGAGGAGAUUAGAUCACACAGCUUCAGCUCUGCUGUUUCUGUCUCCUCUUUGUCUCUCUCUUUCUCUCUCUAUUUCUACUCUCUCUCUCUCUCUCUAUAUAUAUAUAUAUAUUUAUCUUCUUUUUGAAGUAUCGUUUCUGCGAAGCCAAUUAAUUAUACUCUCAAUCUACCUUCAAAUCCACACUUUGAAAUCGGGCCAAUUUGAGCCCAGUCCGCUAUGUAAAAGCUAUUUUAUCGUUCUGCUAAUUCGUGAGGUUGAAACAAGUGUAAUGACAUCCUCGGAUUUGGAUCCGGUUGUGAGCUGAGAUGGACCCUCCGGCGAUGAUCAACGGCGGCGCAUUUCAGUCUGCGGCGGUGCAGUUCAAUUUGGGGGAGAUCUGGCCUUUCCCUAUCGGCAACGGUGAGUCCGGAGGGGGAUUGGGCCAAUUUACGGAGAAUGUGAGUGUGAAUUGGGGAGUUUCCGGUAAUGAUCCGAUGGUUCUGGAUCAGAGAGGGGCUCGGAAUGGCGGUUCCAGGAAGCGGCGUGGCGCGGCUCCAGUGGAUGAGGCCACCAAGGUUGUAUCAGCGAGCACUGGCAACGGCAUGAAUGAUUGCAAUGGGAAACGCAUUAAGACAGGGGGUACUAGAGAUGAGAAUGGAGAUUCCAGAGCUGAAGCAGAGGCAAAUUCAAGCAAGCCAGGGGAACAGAAUACAAAACCAGCCGAGCCACUGAAACAAGAUUACAUCCAUGUUCGAGCAAGAAGGGGCCAAGCCACAGAUAGCCAUAGUCUAGCAGAAAGAUUUGAUGGACAGGCUAGGAGAGAAAAGAUAAGCGAAAGAAUGAAAAUUUUACAGGAUCUGGUCCCUGGUUGUAAUAAGGUCAUUGGCAAGGCAUUGGUUCUGGAUGAGAUAAUCAAUUAUGUUCAGUCUCUACAACGACAGGUGGAGUUUUUGUCGAUGAAGCUUGAAGCAGUUAAUUCGAGAAUGAACCUGGGAAUUGAAGGAUUUCCUUCAAAAGAUUUUAGUCAACAAACAUUUGACACAGCUGGAGCGACAUUCAGUUCACCAGCAACAGGAGCCUACCAUAGGGGUUCAUCACCAGAAUGGCUACACAUGCAGAUUGGCAGUGGCUUCGAAAGAACAAGAUGAUGACACGAUUAGAGUGGUUCCAUUGCCAAUUAGAGAAUCAAAAAGGGCAUAUGCUUGAUCCCCCGGUGGCUGAAAAACAUACUCAUUCCUCUUGAACCAGAUCGACACUUCCGGCCUGGGAGCUUUGGUUACCUUAUCAUUUAAGGUAUCUGAAAUGCAUAUAUGAGUAUCUUCAUUUGACAGAAAAUGAAAUUCUGUUCAUAUAUUCAAUAGCAUAUAAACAAAAUCCUAGAUGGACGGACUAUUGUUAUCGAAUCAUACCAUUACCUGUUUAGAACUUCAGAAGCUUCCUGUGUGUGUUGGGAAGCUGAAGGUUCAUGCAAUAAAGCAAUUUAUCAA